UUUGUUUUUGUUUUGAUGUCAAAAAUCAGAUGAUUAUGAUUAUGCACAAAAUGUGUAAACUGGUCCACCAUUAAAGUUAAAAUGAGUAAUACAUUGAAAAAGGAAGAUUAUUUAAUACAAAUUAGAGAUAAGUUGAGAAGAGAUGGUAUUAAAUUAUGGUUACCACCUUAUUUUAAAGGUUCAAAUGCUUCAGAAGAUGACAUUAAGAACUUGUCCGAAGACUUUAGCAAGCAUCUAAAUAUUCCAUGUGACAUUUGCCAAGAAAUUAUUAAAGAUUUGCAGGAUAAUGCCUUGGAAAACUUGAAGCAAAAGAAUCAUUAUAAAGAAUCUGGAUUGGCUACUGUAAAAAUUAAGAUUUUGCACAAAAAUUCGCCCCCAAGGCUCAUUCAAAAAGAAUUAUUGUUGUCUAUGAUGACCAACGAGUUAAAGGACCUUGUUAGAAAUGAAAUCAGUGUGUCCUCUGAGGGAUUAAAACUCAUAUGCUCAGGACGAGUUUUAAAUGAUCUGGAUUCUUUGGGAAGUCAAGGAGUGAAGAACGGUGCUCAAAUGCUAGCCAUAAUAUUAUCUGAAACACCAACUCAAGUCUUCCAAGCUGAGAAUCAAAUAAAGGAGCUGGAAAGUGUCAAAACAGAUUCAAAGUUAUUAGCAUUGGAUAAUGAAUACAUGCAGUUAGAAGAUCAGUUUGGAAACCCCAUAAAAAUACCCCCCAAGGAAAGAAAAGCUCUGGUGGUUGCUAUGGCUUUGCAUGAAAAAGGAAAGACGGCUUUGAAAAGAAAUGAUUAUACAAGAGCUUUGGUGUUUUUUCUUGAAGCUGAUCAAGAAUUUAGCCAGUGUAAUUCGCAACUGUUGAAAACCGUCGACAACUACGCUCUUUUGGAUUUGGAUAUCGCCUGGUGUUAUUUAUGCUUAGAAAGCUUUGUGCAGUUGCCAGAAGCAGAAUCCAGACUGAAAAGAUGCGAAGAAAAGUUUCAUUCAACUUAUGGAAAUAAUCUAGAAAGACUGGUAGCUGUUAAAGGAACUCCAGGAAACGAAGAAGCAUUAAUGAUGCGCCUUCAUUUACUUCAAGCCAUAGUUCUUUAUCACCAGAAUAAAAGAGCCGAGGCUUUGCUAUUGUUACGUAAGGUAGAGGAAGAAAUAAAUUCGUUAAAAGUUGAUGGAGAUAGUGUAGUGACGCUAAUAGAGUUGGGAUACACGUCGAAAGAAGCUACAUUAGGACUGAGAGCGGCACGGGGAAAUGUCAAUGAAGCCGCUAAUUACAUCAACGAGAAUAGAGAAAAAAGAGCCGAAGGAAGAAAAAAAGCCGAAGCAGAGGCUAUUUUAGAAAAAGAACGAAAAAAACUUGGGUUGUGUAAAGACGGAAAACAAUAUGUGGAUCCCAAAUUCGUAAAGAUACUUGUUAAUAUGGGGUAUAGUAAAGAAACUGCAAGAGUUGCUCUUAAAAAUACCAAUAAUAUAAUUUCGGACAGCAUCCAGUACAUCCAAGAGAAUCCAUUGCCAGGAUCGAGCAGUUCCAAGAGCACUGAAAUGUUGUCUUUUGUUGAUGAUCUGACAAAACAGCUCGAAGAAGCCGGAUUUGAUCCAAGAAUGGCCAAAUUGGCUCUAUCUAAGCAUUCAGGAGAUAUUAUGAAGGCAGCUGAAGAACUGAUCGCCAAUGAUGGUAUUAUUUUAGGAGACUUAUCCAAUUAUUUUGGUGCCGAAAGUCUCGACAAUAUAAAAAAGAGAAGACAAGACGACAAAGAAAAGAAUGAAGCGUUCCAAAGAUUGAAAGAAGAUAUAGAUAUCGUUGACGAUGACUAUUUGGACAUUAACCUCGUCCAGGAAGAGGUCUUCCUCAAACAGUACCUGUCCCUUUUGAACCAAUAAAUCGAGUUAUAGCUCCACGAUGUUAUACUACGAGUUAGGCAACACAACAUACAACGAUUUUAAAAACGUCAAUUUUCCAAUUAAUUGAACAAUGACUUCUUACAUUUGAUUCAAGUUUUCAAGGUUAUUGAAAAUUGUCAUCCCAUUUUCGUGAGAAUAAUUGUUAAUGAAUUACCAUAUUUCAUAAUAAAUAGUAGUGCGUUAGUGCUUAAUUUCAUGAUAACAUUCCGGUAGUUUCACAGACCAGACAUACUUUAGACGUUCCACGACCAUGUUAAUCUUUCGGAUCGAAUUAACGCCAUCUCUUGAUUGGAAAGGGAACUCAAUUGACAAAUUUUAGUUACGCGGGAGUUCCAAACAAUAAAUUUUGAGUGAUUUUUGAAUUAAAAGGUACAGAUAAACAACAGAAAAGCUUUAUUGUUUAAAUAAACAAACAGAAAUGUUUUAUUCAAUAAUUAUACAAUAACUUAAAAUUACCUUAAUAGUUCCAUCUACAUAAAAAAUACUAAAAGUCUUAGGUUUUGUCUAAAGUUAUGGUAGUAGGUAGUGCUGUAAUCGGGGCUCAAAUACCAUUAUAAACAAAAUUUAAAUCAUAGUUUUACUGAAAACUUCAAAUAUUCCAAAUUCCAAUUUGUUUUCAAAAUGCUAAACACUACUGCCAUGUGUCAUGUGAAAGCACUGUUUUUGUAAUAAAUCAAUGUUUAAUAUUUAGUUGAAUGGAAAUUUUUGAAAAAAUAUCUUAUAGGAAGAUUUUUUUAGAUAAAUACCUUAUAAUCUUUUACAACAUCCGAAAAAAAUAUAGGCCCAAAAGUUUGAUAAUCAACUAUUUUCAAUGGGAAAUAAGCCACAAUUUGACCAAAAAAAUGAUUUUAUUAACGUUUGGACGCCCAAGUAACUCAAGCAACUCAUCAAUAUUGGCAAUAUCAUUUUAAAGUCUUCUACUUUAAAAUGUAUAAUACAUGUCUGAAUUGCUGAUAUAAAUGAGUCAGAUUAAAUAAAUUAGAAGAAUUUUUUACUAAGCAACCACAUUUUUGUUUAAUUCUGUAUUUUGACAACGACAUCCGACUUAGGCGUCGAAACGUUAAUAAACUAAUUUGUUUGGUAAAAUUGUGGCUUAUUUCCCAUUGAAAAUAGUUAAUUAUAAAAAUGCCACAAGGAAAUAGCUUCAGAACGAAAUUUUGAUGACACACUCGGAAUAAACUAUUUCAGGAUCCAUUGUAUUGUUUUUUACAUGUGGAGAAACACUGAACGCAAGCAAGCAAGCAUAGUGAUUUAACCCAACCUGAGAGACUUGCUCACCCCUAGAGAAUGACAUUCGGGUGAUACAAUUCAUUGGGGCGAGGAGGAUUAACUCCCUUAAGCAGGAAUCACUGAAACACUGAACGGGAUGAUCCAACGCUUAGUGUAAACUAAAAUUCUACUAAUAAAACCGGAGAGAAGGUUAAUAAAAUUGAUUAAAAUUGUGAUUAAAUCUGAUUAAAAACUUAACGCCACUAUAAUAAUUAAGCCACAAAUUGUAAAGUAAAUACAAAAAUACCCCAUUAAUUUAAUUGUCAAUGUCAAUUGUUAAAUGUGACAAGAAAAUUGACUGCAGGCGACAUCUCUGGAUUGGAAAGGGUAAUUAAUUUGCUGUCUUGACCUUGACCAUUUACGUGAAAGAUCUAAAUUAUGUAUGGUUUGUGAUAAUAAGUUUUUCCGGCAUUUGAAGUAAUAUACGGACUAUUGGAUUCAAGAACUUAAUAAUUGAUAAAGAAAAAUGAUGUAACCUCACCUAACCUCUCUGGAAGUGUUUACUGUUAUUUUUUGUGUACUGUUAUUUUACUUUAUCGAAGCCCUUUGUCUAAUCAACAAAUCACAUAAACAUAGGUGUAUUAAAUUUGUGAGAUUUUUCAGUUUCAGGUUACCAUUAUGAAUGGGAAAAUUCAACAUUUUGAUCAAUUUGAUGUCAUAACUGUUGCCAAUUUAGAGCAUAAGAUUCCAACAUCGUGGAGUUCCUUUGUUUAUAUAGUUUUUUUUUUAUAUAAGAGUUACUUUUUGUGAUAUACGAAUUGUAUAUUUUUAUAUGCAGUGUUUUGUAUGAAUAUAUGUCGUUGAAAUUAGAUUAUAAAGAAUAUAAUAGUUACUGAAGACUAAAUUGUUCUGGUUGCUAUAGAAUAACAGAUUUUUUGGUAAAAUAUAUAUUUUUUAACUGUUUAAACAAAUUGCAUUAUUUGUUUGUUAAUAUUUGUAAUGUACGCAAAAAGUACAUACGAAUUUAAAAAAAAUUCAAAUUCUAUCAACUAGAACCGGAGAUAAAGAAACUUACAGUAUUCUGCAGUUCCUUAACAUUUUUUAAAGCUGAAUUUUUAGUUCUCGGUACAACUAAUCUUCAUUUCAGCCUCAUUUUUAACAUUUACAGACAAUACUGUCGUAAGUGUAAUAUUAUUUAUUAUUCUUACUGUUUACAUACCUACUCGUUUUAGAAUAACUUUGUUCUUUGUUUAAAUUCGUGUAAAACUGUCAGCUUUUUAAAUAUGGAAAAAUAUUUCGCCUACGAGUAAUAGCUUGAAAAGUUAUUUUAAUUUUUGGUUAUAAAAAUGAUUUUUUAACUUUUUUUUAUACACAUUGAUAGUUUAACUCUUUCGUAUAGUAUGCGUAGAAUUACAGUAUUUUCAUUAUUUUUUGACUAAUAGCCCAGUAAGGAUCUCUUUUUAGGUGGAUGUGAGAGGUGGCAUUCAGAUUUUUGCGGAUAAAGUUAGGUGAUAACUUCGUUAAUAAUAAUUGAUUUAUGCUCCUUCUCAAAUAUGCCCGGAACAUUAAUAAAAAAAAAAUAAAAUAUUUAAAAAUUUCGUUUUUUUUUCUACUUUUUUUGCUUAUAACUUAAAAACUAUUCAUUGUAGAACAAAGUCCUAUAGAAAUAAAACAAAGAUAAUUAAAUUUUCUAUCAGAUGCGAUUGGUUAAAAUGUUUUAAUUUAUCACCUUUGCUUCAAAAUAGCAAUAAAUAUAAAAUAAGGGGGCAAAACAAGCCUGUCCUUAUUCAAUGAUUUUCCAUCACUUAGGUUACACUUGGAACCUUCCUAAUUCGCGUAGAAAAUUUUUGUAAUGUGCUAAAACCGUACACCAAAUUUCAUUAAAAUUGACUUACUAGAUUUUGCAUAAUAAUUUUGCAAUCUAAACUUUUUUUAAAAAAUUAAAAUUUUUUAAAAUCUUGCACAACAAAAACUAGAACAUACAAAGAUUUGUCAAUUUUUUUUACAUAUAAAGAAGUACUCCACCUGUCUAAUGCAUUUUACAGAAUUGAAAUAGGAUUAUUUAAGCAGCCUCAGCAAUGUUUUAAAGUUAUAAACAAUUUUUUGGCUUAUAAACAAAUUAGUCCUGUGGCCAGGAGGGGGUGCUACUGGCUCCUUUAUUUAGAUGGACUUACCCAAGUUUUUUUAUGUAUUUUGACCCGUAGAACAAGAAUUUUUUGGGUAACAGUUGAUCCGGAUGUCGAUAAGAUUGUUAUAAACAAAGAGCUUGAGGAAUUACAUAACAUCGAUUUUUCGCAAAAUAAAACAUUUUUUUGUAUUUCUUGGGUAAUUCUAACCAAAAAAUGUUCUUACAAGUUUUUUCGUAGGAUGCAUAGUUUUCGAGAUAAACGCGGUGGAACUUUCAAAAAAUCGAGAAAUUGCAAUUUUUGAACGCGAAUAACGUUUGAUUAAAAAAUAAAAUAGCAAUUCUGCUGACAGCAUUUGAAAGUUUAAGUCAAAUUAUACCGGUUUUAAUUAUUUGCAUUGCUAAAAUUAAUUUUUUUAUUAUUAAACAAAGCUAUUUGUUUAUAAGCCAAAAAAUUGUUUAUAAAUUUAAAACAUUGCUGGGGCCCCUUAAAUAAUCCGAUUUUAUUUCUGUAAAGUGUAUUAGAUAGGUAGAGCACCUCUUUAUAUGUAAAAAAAUUAGCCAACUUCUAAAUGGUCUACUUUUUGUUCAGAAAGAUUUUAAAAAAUUUGAACUUUUUUAAAAACAUUUAGAUUGCAAAUUUAUUAUGCAAAAUUUAUUAGGUCGAUUUUAAUGAAAGUUGGUACACGAUUUAAGUAUGUUACAAAGAAUUUCCUAAGCGAAUUACUAAGGUUCUAAGUGCCACCAAAGUGGUUAAAAAAUAUUGAAUAACAACAGACUAAUUUUAAAAGGUAAUACCUUAAGACAUUUUUGACCAGUCGUAUAUCAUACAAAAUUCAAUUAUCUUUAUUUUAUUUCUGUACGACUUGUUCCAAAACGAAUCGUUUUAAAGGUAUAAGCAAAGAAAGCAGAAAAAAUCGAUGUUUUUCGAAAUUUUUAAAUAUUUUAAUUUUUUUAUUAAUGUUCCGGGCAUAUUUAAGAAGGAGCAUAAGUCAAUUAUUAUUACUGAAGGUGUCACCUAACUUUAUCUGCAAAAAUCCGAGUGCCACCUCUCACAUCCAAAAAUAGCCGUUUUUCCGCAGAUCCUUACUGGUCUAUAAUGCUAUUGCAAAAAAAUGUCUCUGGGAUAUACCAAUAUAAUAACUUUUAAACUAUAAUUAAAAAUUCUGCCUUAUUAUGCAGUUUUGAAAGCAACAAAUUAAUUUAAAAACUUUUAGCAACCGCCAUUUACAAGGAUUUUUAUGUUGUAAAAGAUAAAGUAUUGCAAUUUUACUUUAGAUAUAAACUUUUUAAUAGUAAACAAAAGUUGAAAAAAUGACAUUUUUUACACUGAAUUAUUAAUAAUUAAAAAAAAAACGCCAAAAUCCUGGAGAUGACGUAAAGGUUUUCUUUAUAUAGGCCUAUAAUUACUAAAAAAAUUUAGAUACCUGGAUUUGUUACACUCGCGAAGAGGGUCUUUUUUGCUUAUUUCCCCGGUGUAUUUUGACAUCAGUAUUUUUCUGUUUUAAAAUAUUGAUCUCAUUUUCUACAGUAUUCCGAAUAAAUGAAAAGUGAAAAUAGGAUGCCAACUGGAACAAUGACGUCAUAAUAAUUAUUAUAAAAAUAUAUACUGUUUGGAAUGUUUAUUAUAAAAUUUAUAUAUAAUAAAAAAUUAAACCUAAAA